UAUUUUUAGGCAGCCACUAACAACAUGAAAGCUGUGUUAGUGUAGGUGAUGUGAAUGCCAAAAUUGGAAGGCUUUGGCGAUUAUAUUAUGCUAUUAACAAGAUCUAAUUUGUUGUUGGCUGAUGAAGAGAAUAUGUGAUGUGAAUAUACUGAAGUUUAAAAAUUUCCCCGUUGUUUUGAUCAAUGUACCAGAACCAUGCUUUGGUUUGUUGCACAAUUCACGCUAAUUAUUUUAGAUUGGUGUAGUGGUAACAAUCUCCAUAUGGAAGAUGUAAUAGAAAAAAUAGCUGUACCAAAGCAAGCAAGCAACCUUGUCGAUCUGCAUCAAUCGACCAGUUACAAAAAUCAUUUCCAUAACUUCCACGAGACAACAGUUAAAGCUGACAGAAAACGAUUGAAAAGAUUUUCUUGCAGUGGACAAUGCAAAAGCAUUGUUAGCGAAAUUGAAACAGAAAGCGUGUCAAGUGAUACAUAUGACGGCGUUAGGCAUCUUGGUGAUAAUUGUAAUCCGUGCUUCCUCGAAUGUGAUAGCUACAAGCCGAUGUUAAGGGAGGAACAGCCUUUUGGUACGCCGGUACUACGUGUGAUUGCAAUUGAUCUAAACCCCCGGCAAACGAUCGAGUACAGCCUCGUCACAACGCCCGGUGAACAGGCACGCUUCCGGAUCGAUAAGAGCACGGGCGACAUCACGACCGCUCACAUCUUCGACCGAGAUGAGCCGAUCCGCGAGAAGGAGAUCUACAUCACGGUUCGUGCGACCGAUAAUGGACGUCCUCGGUUGGACGAUGUGUGCACUUUCAAGGUGACGAUUCUCGACAUCAAUGACAAUCCGCCCGUGUUCGAUAAAGUACGCUACGAAGAGUCGGUGACGAAAGACAUGAAGGCGAAUCUGCGAGUGGCUAUCAUCUCGGCGACGGAUAUGGACGACGGUGAUAACAGUAUCAUCAAGUACGAAAUCGUGCAGCAGAACCCAGACAGUAGCUACUUCAAGAUUAACGAGAAUAACGGCCUCCUUACGCUUACGAAACCGGUCGAUCGUAGCCCCGGGCAGUACUAUUCCAUCCGCGUGCGAGCGUACAAUGUCGAUCCACAGGGUGAAGCCAUGCAGGAUGCGGAGGUGGAUGUUAAGGUACGCGUCGUGGAGUCCAACAAGCUGCCCCCAUAUUUCACCAAGGUGCAAGCGGCUGCACUGGUGUUGAACGAGACAUUCAAAAACUACACCGAAUCGUUGGCAGAGUUCGAGGCAGAGUCCAACAUUCCCGAGAAGCCGGAAGUAAUCUUCGAACUGAUCCAAGGUCGUGCUGAGCAGACGAACUCGAAAAAUACAUUCCUGCUGGAGCAGAUCAACAACACUGCUUCGAUCAAGCUUGGAAAGACACUCGAUUAUGAGACUGUGACGGAGUACACGCUGACAGUGAGCGUCAAAAACUCGUACAAUAAUCUGGUGGAAACCGUGCUGAAGAUUAAGGUACUGGACGAGAACGACAUCAUUCCAGUGUUUACGGAAGUGACAUCCGGUACGAUACCCGAAAAUGAGCCCCCUGGCACUCCCGUGAUGCAGGUACGAGCAUACGAUCUGGACGGCACACCGGCCAACAACAUCGUGUCAUAUCGAAUCGAAGACGAAAACCAGCAACUGUUCCACAUUGACAGUCGAACGGGAAGUAUCACGUCGCGGGUGGAGUUCGAUCGAGAAGCAAUCGAUUCUUAUCAUUUGAAAAUCAUCGCAGAAGACAACUCUCCGUCGGCGCUGUAUAGCAACGGCAAACCAAAUAGUUGUUCUCAGCUGUUCACCAUUAAAAUAUCGGACAAAAACGAUCAUAAACCGAGGUUCGUGAAAGGUCUCCUGGCCACAGAGGACGUAUCAGAGGACUCGGACAUCAAUAUGACUCUGAUUGAAGUGAAGGCGCUGGAUCAAGACACGGCCUCUCUCAUAACGUAUAGCAUCAUCGAGGGGAAUGUGGGUGAUGCAUUCAAGAUCGAUGAACAUACUGGUCGUAUCUCGAUCAACAACUGGCUGGAUUACGAGACUAUUCGUGAGUACAAGCUGAUCGUUCAGGCUGAUGAUGGGAUCUUCCAGGACAGCACGACAGUAUACAUCAAAAUCAAAAAUGUUAACGAUAACCCACCACGCUUCACAGGUAUUCGUAAUGUAACGAUACAAGAAGAAACGAUACCAUCCGGGUGUAUAAUGACCGUUCAGGCGUAUGAUCCGGACAUCGAGAAUCGAACCGAUCCGCAGCUCAUUCGAUUCUUUUACGUUGUAGAAUACGAUGAUGUUAUAGAGAUCGACGAUGGUGGAUGCUUACGGCUCAAGAGAGUGCUCGAUCGUGAUCCUCCGCUAGGCUUCAACCGCUGGCAGUUUAUCAUCACCGCGACGGAUGAAGAUGGUGCGGGCAAAACAACGCCAUCCACUGUGAUCAUAUCUUUGGAAGAUAUCAACGACAAUGCACCUCGGCUAUCGAAUGCAAUGCCUGUCGUUUGGGGCGAAAACAGGCCGCCAGGUUUAAUUGUAAGACUGACGGCAGAGGACGUGGACGAGGCGCAGAACGGUCCACCGUUCCAUUUCAGUAUUGAUCCUAAUGCGCGUUAUGAGAUCAAGAAACGUUUCAAAGUUCAAGGCGAGGAACUGCACGCGUUGGUUGAGUUCGAUCGAGAGGAGCAAAAGGAGUACCAAAUUCCCAUCCUCAUUAGAGACUCUGGCGAAGAACCUAUGAGCGCUGUCAGCAUGCUACAUCUGGUAAUCGGUGACGACAACGACAACGAGAUGAGGCCAGGUAAAAGUCGCAUCUUCGUGUACAACUACAAAGGAGAAUCAUCCAACACGGAAGUUGGACGCGUGUACGUGGACGAUCCGGACGACUGGGAUCUUCCAGAUAAGACGUUCAUGUGGGAUGAUGCUACCCGUCAUCAGUCGGUGGACUUUUUCGACCUAAACAGGGACACUGGUAUGAUCACCAUGCUUCAAGGUACACGUGGGGGAGAUUAUGAGCUGAACUUCCACGUGAUUGAGCAGUCGAGUCAUUUCCCGCGCCAUAAUGUCACAGCCAAAGUGACGGUAACGGUGAAAGAGAUCCCGGAGGAAGCAGUGGAUAAGAGUGGAUCGAUCCGAUUCCAUAAUGUAACUGCGGAAGAGUUCGUAUCGCGCACACCUGGUCAGCUCACAACGCCCAAAGAUCGGCUGCAGGCGAGUAUUGCAAACACGCUCAACGUUAGCCGAGAGAACGUGGAUGUGUUCACCGUUUUGAAGCGCGACAAUGUCAACGGAACCUUUCUGGACGUUCGGUUCUCGGCCCAUGGUAGUCCUUAUUACGCACCUGAACGUCUCAACGGAAUGAUGGGCUAUCGGCUCCGUCAGUUGGAAGAGGACGUAGGCCUUUCGGUGCUUAUGGUGGGCAUUGACGAGUGUAUCGAAGAAGGUCGCAACUGUGAGCUAUCGUGCAAGAAUACGCUCUACAAGUCGAACGUCCCUAUUGCGGUAUACACCAACACCAGCUCGUUUGUGGGUGUGAAUGCCUUCGUACAGGCAGAGUGUGUGUGUGAGGCUCCAUCGCCGUCGCUCACAUGUCUGAAUGGAGGUUUCUUGGUGAACGAUCGCUGUUCCUGUCCCGAGGGCUUUGAAGGUCCUCACUGUGAGAUGCUUGGCAUCGGGUUCUAUGGCAGUGGAUAUGCGCUUUAUCCUCCGAUUAGUCCUUGCAACAUGACGCGAAUAAGUGUAGAACUAUCACCGCAGCAGGAAGAUGGCUUGGUGAUGUACAUUGGUCCACUCAACUAUAAUCCUCGUCUGCCUGUGCAGGACUUCUUGGCGUUGGAGCUAGUGAAGGGACUCCCUGUGUUGCUGCUCGACUACGGCAGUGGUACCAUUCGUAUCGAACAUCGGCAUCGAUUCCCCCAGGGCAAACCUUUCACCGUAGAGAUCGUGCUUCAACCGCAGGCAAUCGAAAUGAUUGUCGACAACUGCAAACUGUCCACGUGCACGAGUCAUCAGUCAGAUGCGCCAAAGGGACCGAAUCGGUUCCUAAACGUGAACGCUCCACUGCAACUCGGAGGAGCUGCGGUUAAUCUAGACUACCUCGGAUCGCUGUUCAACUGGACGUACGUGCCACAGAACAAUGGUUUCAGUGGCUGCCUGCGCAAUCUCACCAUCAACGAGCGCACGUACGAUCUCACAGCGCCAAUCGUAGCAAAAUAUAGUUCAAGAACUGCUGCCAUGACAUUUGGUAAUUACUAUAUACUUCUGAUAGUGCUAAUCCUGAUGAGUACGUUACUUUUUCUAAUAACACUACACUUUCACAAGAAGUACAAGAAACAGAAAAAGGUGGAGAACACUUACCACACGUAUGCCACGAUUGAUGAAAACAAACCUAGUGAGCAUUACUCAUCAUUGGAACUGUUACAGUUGCCUCAUAUCUACCAGGACGUUGUGUACACUGUGGAAACGUUACAAAUUGAAUCUUCCACCGAUAACAACAGACUUGCGUUGAACAAACACAUUUACGAGACAAUCGAUGAAGAAGAUGAAAGUGAUAGCGCGUCAUAUCAUCCUUCGCGCGUUCAUCGGCAAUUCUCGACCAGUCUUCCGCUGAUUACUUCGCAAGGAAACCUGCAACAGGAUGCAAAGAAGCUAAAUCAUUACAGCAAUGUACCUUUGUCUGUGGAUGAUUUGCGAUGUGCUGGUGACGGUAGGAGCAUCAGUUCUGUAUCAAGUAGCUCGGAAAGUCUCACUUCGAAACGUUCGAUAUUAAACAACAACUCUACUAUUUGUAAUGCUGCAUAUUUCGAAGGAUGGAUAUAAGAUGGAUAGUGUUUAUUGUACUUAAGUAAUAAAUGUGCUAAUUGCUGUACUGAUUUGGAUGUAUAUUAAAUAGUUCGCAAUGCAAUGUUAGCAUUAGUUCUCAAUACUGGCCACACUCGGACGUGUAAACUCCCUGUUUUUAGCUUCAACUAUUGCUCGAUUGAUGACACAAUGUAAACAUCACAGGAAAUGACCAAUAAUACAUAGGAAAUGAGUAAGAUAGCCAAUACCAUUCUGCAUUUGGAGAAGUGUUUCAUGGAAAAUUGAAAGCCCUUGAUAAGUAGUUGUUCCGUUUGGUGAGACUUUCUAAAAAAAAAGCGGAUUUAUACACGACGUGGCUGUUGUGCGCAGUGAACACAUUUACCAUUGCGGAUAAACACGUUUCAUUGCAGUACUCUGUUGACAGUGACUCACUAAGGCAAAUUCUCUUUUCGCUAGCCACGAUGCGAUGAUAAACAAGCUGACACGAAAACUUCCGCCACAAAACAGCCGUCCGGUGCAGGAAAGAAUUAACUACACAAUUGAAAGCAUAACAUCGGGGCGAAAGUUUUGAGCUUGCCAUCCACUUGAGGCCGUUUUACCGUUCAGUGAAACGGCUUGACUCAUGGAGUGUAGAACGAACGCAAGCAAAUCUUGAGAACAAGAUCGCACUUUAGCAAGAGAUAUUCACAAGCAUUCCGGUAACGAAAACGAAUGCCUUACGAUUGCUGACUUGGGGUUUGGGUUUGUUUGAAUCUCGCUCUACGGCGUGAUUAGCUUGUAAGCGUUUGAAAUGUAUCGGUGUCAAUAGAUCCAUGUUCAAGAACAUCGAAACAUUAACCAGAUGCGCAGCAAAAGACUGGCCAAGAAUCGAAUGAAACAGACGAGAAGCGUUCGAAGCGUAGGUACUUGAGCUUUGGUUUUAACAAACGGGGAAUUGUUUGGAUUCAGUUUGCAACCGAAUAAAAGAAUGUGUAGAGAGGAAACUUUUUCUGAUAAAAUAUGCAAAGAAAUUCUUUUUGUAGUCUGAUUUUGCAUGAUGUAUGCUUUGUUUUGGACACUGUUUGUUAU